UUCAAUCAAGAAUGUCGUCGCCGGUGAAAUUUGUGUGAGACAGUAUCAUUAUUGUGGUGCCAAUGGUUAUCGACGAUCGACAGCGACCAUUCGAGCAUGGCGCGAUGCGUUGCCUGAUGCCGGCGAUCUCAGCCGGCUUCGGCGAGCACAUUGAGGAAUAUGAAGUGUUAAAUUUAUUGGGUAAAGGCGGCUACGGAAGCGUCUACCGUGCGAGAUGUCGCCGCAGCGGCGUAGAAGUUGCGAUCAAAAUGAUCGACAAGAAAAUGAUGCAGAUUGCUGGGAUGAUGGAUAGAGUUAGACAAGAAGUAGAGAUACAUAUAAAAUUGAAACAUCCAGCUAUCUUGGAGGCAUACACGUGUUUUGAAAAUGCAAAUUACGUGUAUCUAGUUUUAGAAUUAUGUCGUAAUGGAGAACUUCAACGUUAUCUCAAAGCACAAGGCACUAAAACUCUAUCUGAAGAACAUGCUGCCUACAUAAUCAAACAAGUAGUACAGGGUUUGCUUUAUCUCCAUUCUCAUCAGAUACUUCACAGAGAUUUGUCAUUGUCCAAUUUACUUUUGACUAAAGAUAUGCAAGUGAAAAUAGCGGAUUUUGGAUUGGCCACACAGAUGAGUAAACCAGAUGAAAAGCAUUUGACUAUGUGUGGUACACCGAACUAUAUCUCGCCCGAAGUUGCUACGAGAUCUUCACAUGGGCCAGAAGCAGAUGUGUGGAGCUUGGGAUGUAUGUUGUAUACUUUAUUGGUAGGCAAGCCACCGUUUGAGACAGACGCAAUUAAGAGUACUCUGACCCGAGUAGUUAUGGCUGAUUACGUAAUGCCACUUCAUCUAUCAGAAAAUGCAAGGGAUUUGAUAGAUAAAUUAUUGAAGAAGAAUCCGAAAGACAGGAUAUGCUUGCGGGAUAUUCAUAAGCAUGCCUUUAUAAUGAGUAUAGAAAAAAGUAAGCUACAUAAUGAAAGAAAUAAUACGAGCAAAAAUCCAUUUACUAAUAUGGUGGACUCCGGCCUCGGUAGGACACUUUCGUCGUAUGGUCGACCAAAAAUGCGAUCUCGAUCGGAGGAAAGAAUGUCUACGUUACCAAUGAUGCCUAUGGUUAGUGUACGAAGCGAGCCGUUAUCCGAGCCUAUUGCGAAAAUGCAAUCAAAUCCUAAUCGUGGAAUGAGAUACGCUAAUUAUCGCCCGAAAGAUGAUUCUUUGAUUCAGAUACGUAGUAGAGGAUUUUCGCAAAACGAACAGUACGGCAAUUACAAUGCUUAUAAUGAAUCCGAGAAAUCAAGGUUGAUAGAGAAGCACAAGCCAAGGAAAGAAAACAAUGUGGAAAACCGUAGUGCGGAAGGAACUGAAAAGAGCACAAAGUUACAAGUGUUACCUUUAAAUUCCAAUAGGCUAGAGCCUAAAAGACACAAAACGAAAAGUGCGAUACUCACCAUUCUAGAUAAUGGAGAAGUAUGCAUUGAAUUUAUCAAGCGCAGAAAUGGCACGGAAAGGAUAAACGAAGUGUGUAGAAUAUCAGGAGAUGGUCUGCGAAUUAUUCUUUACAAAUUAAACCCGACUGUGGAGAUUGACUCGCAACCACCACCAUUGCCUAAUCGGGGUGCCGAUAGUAUUUAUUCGUAUGAAAAUUUACCAGCGUGUCAUCAUCGAAAAUAUAUGUAUGCCUUUCGUUUCGUGAAACUGGUUCAGGCAAAAACCCCAAAAUUAACACUAUACACUCAACGCUCGAAGUGCCUAUUCAUGGAAAAUGGUCCACAACCCGACUGUGAAGUGCAUUUUUAUAAUGGCAUAAAGGUUGUCCGGACAGACGGUGUGGUGAAGAUCACUAAUAACAAUGGUGCCACGUUUGUUGAGGGUGCAUUCCCAUCGCAUCUCGAGACCUAUUAUGAGCAUUACUCGGAAUGUUAUCAGCGUUGUUUGCUAUUGGAAUCUACUCUAGCAUCUUUGGAGGCAGCCACUGGACAUUCUUGCUUCCCUGUGAUAAUCGGACGACGGCCCAAUACAGCCUUGAGUGAUUCUCCCUACCUUCAGGGAAAAGAAAACAUCUCACACACUACACAAUCUCCUGUUAUGCCGUCGUUCGACGCUAGUUGUUCCGUCAUGUCAACAGGAACUUCUAGGUCACGCAAUAUGAAUUCUAUGCGUAACUCUAAUCAUAAUACGAAGAUAGCUAUGCCAGGAAUUGGCCUUGUUACCAAAUUGUCAUCCGGAAAUAUUAGGGUCGAUUAUCAGGACGGAUCUGCCUUAACUAUAAGUCCGCAAAGUCACAACAGUGACAUAAUAUAUGAGACUAAUGACGGCACAGUUACACGAUAUAACAGGCAUCAUCAGCAAAACUUGGAGAUACCGGUCAAAAAGAAGCUUCUACAAUUACCAACGAUUAUCAAGUAUUUCAUAGAGCCAAUGCAUAAAGGCAUUCGGUAGCUCUGCUUGAAAGUAUAAAGUAUUGUGUAUAGUACGAGAAAUUACCUUUGCCUAUAGAUUAUCAGACAAGAG